AUUUUGUUAUUCAGAAUCCACUUCAUGAAGUCUACAAGAUUGGUGGUAUUGGAACUGUCCCUGUUGGUCGUGUUGAGACUGGUGUCCUUAAACCUGGAAUGGUCGUGACCUUUGGCCCCACUGGUCUGACCACUGAAGUUAAGUCUGUUGAGAUGCACCAUGAAUCCCUCCCGGAGGCUCUAUCUGGUGACAACGUUGGAUUCAAUGUUAAGAAUGUUGCUGUUAAGGAUCUCAAGCGUGGUUAUGUUGCUUCGAACUCAAAGGAUGAUCCUGCCAACGAGGCAACCAACUUCACCUCACAAGUCAUUAUCAUGAACCACCCUGGUCAGAUUGGAAAUGGAUAUGCCCCAGUUCUCGACUGUCACACCUCCCACAUUGCCGUGAAAUUUGCUGAAUUGUUGACCAAGAUUGACAUGCGAUCUGGGAAGGAGCUUGAGAAGGAGCCCAAGUUCUUGAAGAACGUUGAUGCAGGGAUGGUGAAGAUGGUUCCGACCAAGCCUAUGGCUGUGAAGACAUUCUCGGAGUACCCACGUCUUGGACGUUUCGCUGUGAGGGACAUGCACCAGACCGUUGCUGUUGGUGUCAUCAAGAGCGUCUAGAAGAAGGACCCAACCGGUGCCAAGGUCACCAAAUCUGCCGCCAAGAAGAAGUGAGGUUGCAUUUGAGCAAUAAUUGUGACUGGCACUGCUGCAAGUAGAU